AACAAACGGUUGUUUCAAAGAUGGCGGAUUACUCGGACAUAGAAGAUGUAGCGAUUUCAUCUCCUUUACCGACGAUCAACCAGCGUCUGGGCCAUCUCAAACCAUCGCGAGAACUGCUAGAGUAUUAUAGGAAGAAGAUAGCAGAAUAUGACGGCGAACAUGAAGAUAUUACGAGAAAAUUGGAGCAGUAUAAAUGCACUUAUGAAGAGCAGGUUCGAGCUUAGGAGUGGAGAUUUUUAGUUUUCCUUUGAUUUGAUAUAUAAAAUCUUGUUCAUAUAAUUUAGUUUGGUCAGUUUUAGCUUAGGUUUAUGCUUUUUAUAACUAGUAAUACACAUUUAUAUUUCAUUCGCCUCCUGGCAAAUUAAAAACUCUUCGAUAAUUAUGUCACAACUACACUGUUUUCAACUUAGGACCACCUUAAUAAAUGCAAAGGAUUUCAAGUUUUUUCUUAUGGCCUAUGCACAGAGAAGCAGAACAACCUUCUUCAACACAUGAAGGAAAAAAUUUUGGAUUUUGAUCAAUAAAUAUGGAAAUAAGCAUUACCACGGAAACGAGUCUCCAUAUUUAUUGAUCAAAAUCCAAAAUUCUUUUCGCGCAUGUGUUGAUGAAGGAUGUUCUGCUUCUCUGUGCAUAGCCCAUGAAUGAGAAAAAAACUUGAAAUCUUUUCCAUUUAAGGUGGUCCUGAGUUGAAAACAGUGUAAUUGUGACGUAAUUAUCGAAAGAGUGUAUUCUCCGAUCCGAGUUUGCGUUAUCAAUUUUUAAUCUUCACAUAGUCUAUGCUGAAACUUUCAAUAAUGUUUGGACGUUCAAUGCGCGAGUUUAUACGACGUUUUGAAAAUUUUGUUUUUUUACAAAACAAAUUUCCGCUGCAGUUAAAUUUUUUUUUUCCUGUCACGCAUUUAAACAAUCAUCUCAUGAUUUCUAUAAAUUAUGUUGUUUUCAUUACAAAACCAUGUAAUGUCGUGCAUAAGGAUAAUGUUCAACUCCUGUUAUUGGAUUGCGAUUAGCGUCAAUGUUAAUUACCAAAUUUAUAAUGUGCCGGGUCAGAUUUAUCUCAAAAAACGUGGAAAAGAUUAAGAAAAGAUACUUUGUCUGAUACUGUAAUUCGCCUGUUUAAAAACGUGGCAAAUGUCAAUACGAAGUUUGCGUGUGUGCGCACUUUAGGAGGGAUAAACUAUCUAUGUGUAAAAAUACCAAAGGUUUUCUCCAAUUUUCCCGCGGCUGAUUUUAAAACCAUGCCAGUAUAGAUCGCGUUAUUCUAACUAAUUUGUCUGCGUAGUUCGUUCAGAUGGCGUUUAGAUCUAUUAGAUAGCGUACAGGGUGUUAGCUACAGUAAAAAAUUCCGCGUUAAACGCGGUUUUCCCAAGUAUCUUGAGGUCGCAAUUUCCCAAUUUGGGUCAGCCAAAAAAUAGUUAUAGAAAUUCAAUGUUGUUAAUACGCCAUUAGAAACAUGUUAAAAACUACAUUGGCUCAAAAUUACUCCCAAAAUGCGGUAAAUGCCAUUUCAAAGACACAAAAAUUUUAAAAAUCGAGGGGGCAACCGCAUGCCCCCAGACCCACAAAGAAAUGCCCGGCUUCAGGCUAAAAUAAAUUUCCCAAUUUCAGGGGCGGGUAAACGCGGAUUUUUUUUUACUUCUGGCUAACACCCUGAGCGUACUUUUCAUGUACCUAACUUAGGCCGCGUUUACACUGACGCUACGCGGGUUAACACUCCGUUAAAAAAUUACUACGUUUCUAGUAUUGAGACUAUAUUGUGUUUACACUAUAACGGAGUGGUUUGCCGUAGCGUACUAACUACGAACCACCACAUUUGCCUCUCUGAAUACAAAUCAAUUUCGUUAAAAAUUUACUACGUAGUACGUUUCUUGGUAUUGUGUAGUUACAGUACUAUAACGGAGUGGUUUGCCGUAGCGUAUUAACUACAGACCACUACGUUUGGCACUCCGGAUGCAAAUCACUACGCUACGGUGAAUUUGCCGUAGCGUCAUAGUGUAAAUGCGGCCUUAACCGAGUUGACGAAUUAGGUAUGACAAAAGAGCAACGUAUCGCAUUAUGAUAUUUGCUGUUUUGGUGUAAUGUACUCAGGUGAAUAAGAUGCUUGUGAUGUUAUUCUGAGUGUAUAUCCACACCGGGCAGGCUUGAAAAAUAUGCCUGGCCACGGUGGGAAUCGAACCUACGACCUUUGGAAUACUUGCCCAAUGCUCUGCCAACUGAGCUACGCGGUCAGGUCGGUUCGAGCAUGUAAUACUUCGGAACUGAGUCUAGUUCCUUCGAUAUCAGUAUAAUGUAAUAAUCAUGAUAUUUGCUGUUUUGGUGUAAUGUACUCAGGUGAAUAAGAUGCUUGUGAUGUUACUCUGAGUGUAUAUCCACACCGGGCAGUUAGUAUCGCAUUAUGCAACUUCGAAGCGACAAACCUCAACUUUUUGUCAGAAGUUUGUUAGGCCCAGUUUAGACGGCGAACUUAACUUAUUUAUACGGCGCUCUUCUGUCGUACUUAAUCGUUCUAUUAGUUUCGGCGCAUGAAACGUUCGCCGUCUAGACCGGAUCUUAGUAUUAGAUUAGCAAUCUUGUAAUUUCGAAAUAGAUUUAUUUACGCCGUUAAGUUAUUGCAUUGCAAACCUUGCGCGGUCAAAUGAAAUCUUUGCUGACGUGGAUAAAAUUUCAACUCCACAAGAUGACGUCAUUUCGUUACCAGUCCCAUGCUUAAACAACUGUAGGGAGCCACCUUAAGUCUAAUAUAAAUUUUAAUUUUAUCAUAGCACAAGAUGCAAUGGGAAAUGAGACAGCGUGAAGAAGAGAUCAAGGAACUUCAGAAAGCGCUCAGCGACAUGCAGGUGUAUCUAUUUCAAGAAAGGGAACACGUUCUACGUCUGUAUGCCGAGAACGAUCGCUUGAAGAUACGCGAGGUCGACGACAGGAAGAGGAUACAGCAUCUGCUCACUCUAACACAUCCCCCAGGAGGAGAGAUUACGUACUUUCGUAAGAAGACGUCGGAGAAACCCGUAGUCGUAAAACACAAGAACCUGAAAGGGCAGAGUAGGAAUGCGUUAGAGGGGCGAGGACCAGGAGGACAUAAGAAAGGUAGUAGAUUAUGUAUGGAAUUAAUCUGGCCCCUAUUUACAUUUCUGAAUGGGUGCUCUGGGCAAGAAGUACAAAAUCCGUCACCACAGGUAGAAAGAGCAUGCUAAAAUUAGUAAAAUUGCAAAGUUUGGUUACGAACAUGCACUUUCGGCCCAAAUGUGGUGCAUUUUCCCGCGUGUAAUACAGUUGAUACAAAAUUUCGCAGGGCUAUAUUUUCCGCAUUUUACAACAUUUCGCGGCCAAACUUUGCAAUUUUACUAAUUUUAACGUGCUCUUUCUAGCUGCGGUGAUGGAUUUUGUUCUUCUUGCCUAGAUCAAGAUUUAGUCUAUAGCUGGAAUUGGCUAUAGCUCAUCCCAAAAGCAUGAAGCGAUCGCUGGACAUUAAGAUCGAAUGAUCAAGGACUGCUACACAUCCCGAAAACUAACUGUAAGACCUUAGGUUCAGUCUUCAGGAAAUGUUUGAAAACAUUCCUUUUCAGUAAGGCUUUAACCUUUUAUAGUCUAAGACCACGUAUUUUAUCAUUUCUAUCGUAGAUAUACUCACUAGUCUAUAUUUUAGCGUCAGUUAUUAUGUUACUGUAUUCUUUGAUCUGAUUCUGUUUUAUGUGGGCGAUGCUUUUUUAUGGGCGGUACAAAUGUUUUUAUAAAGCUCGCUUCAGCUGGACAAUAUUAUACAACCAAAGGAGAAACAGAUCGGUGGCGGCUCUGCUGGAGUUUCCCACGCAUGCACUGCCGGCGACAAUAGGAAGGUUUAGAUCCGACUACGAAAGCGACCACGACGUUUAUUGCUUUAGAUUUGCUGCAGGACCUAGCCAGAAUUAGCAAUCUACCCAUUUUUCAUUCAUUCAUUCAUACUUUAUUUGAUAAUGCAGGUUAAUUACAUAUGUCAACUAAAAGCGGAUGUGGAAGUGCUAGGCCAGUACUGCCCCGAAACUCCAGACUUACAUAUAUAUCUAGCUUUUUCAUGAUAUUUGGAGUUAUACUUAGCUCCAAAUUAUUUUUGGAGUUAGCCAGUAACUCCACAAUUCACAUUUCAACUCAGUUUUGAAUUACACAAGUUACUCAAGUGUAUAUUUUGGUUUGGAGUUGGCCCUUUAGACUACCGUCGCUCCAUUGCUUCCUACUUUCUGCAGCCAUACAAAGAGGAUAGCAAACAGGGUGUGAAAAUGACCUGUUUACGCGGUGUAUCCCCAUGUGGUAGCCCCUACACAAACAGGACGAUUAAUUUCUAUCAUGACGUGAAGUUGCAAAAUAUUUAGGUUUUUACUUUCCGCUUAUAAUGUAAGCAAUUUGUAACUCUGAAAGUUAUAAAUUGAAAAGUAGUUUGUUUCGACUAAUACAGCAAUGAUGUUUGUGAUGUUACUCUGAGUGUAUAUCCACACCGGGUGAGCUUGAAAAAUAUGCCCGGCCACGGUGGGAAUCGAACCUACGACCUUUGGAAUACUAGCCCAAGGAAGGAACUAGAUUCUGUUCCGAAAUAUCACAUACAUACUCGAACCGAUCUGACCGCGUAGCUCAGUUGGCUAGUAUUCCAAAGGUCGUAGGGUCGAUUCCCACUGUGGUCAGGCAUAUUUUUCAAGCUUGCCCGGUGUGGAUAUACACUCAGAGUAACAUCACAAGCAUCAUAUUCAGCUGAGUACAUUACACCAACACAGAAAAAUCAUUACUAAUACAGCAAUGUUCCUGUUUAGAUCUAACGCAACAGAAAUUACGCAGUAAAUCACACACAACAGACACUGAACAAGACAAUCAAACAUUACUCUUACAAAUCGAGUCCCUACAAGCUCAACUGGAAGAACAAACUAAACUCUCUAGAGAGGAAAUCGAAGGUCUUCUCGAGGAUAGGAGAGUUCGUAGCGAAGAACACAGCGCCUCAACGGAACGGGAUCAAGACAAGAUCAAAAGCCUGACGGAAAAACUUCACAAAAGUCAAGAUCUCUUGUACCAAAGCACAAAAGAUUUUCUGGAAUUGAAGUACGAUUUGAGAGCACGGGAGAGACAGUGGAUGAUAGAUAGGGAUAGAUUGGUACAAGAGAUUGAACAUUUCAGGCUGCAGGUGGAUGUAUCGGGCAGCAGUAUGCUGGAGGCAACCGGAGUGUCUGUGGAACCACAGGUUAUUAUUCUUCUUUUCUUUCCAUAUUUCCUCCGAUUUAGAGUCGGGCAAAGAACGCCUGAUCGCAGGUUGGGGCCGGACCUUCUUGUGUAUCAUAGGCCUCCGCCAGUCCAAUCUUUUCCAUAAUUCUAUCCAGUCAGCUCCAUAUAUUAUAUCUGGAGUGAGAAUUCUAUCCAGUGAGCUCCAUAUAUUAUAUCUGGAGUGAGAAUUCUAUCCAGUGAGCUCCAUAUAUUAUAUCUGGAGUAAGAACUCGAGUCGAAAAAGUGAAGCCAAAGAUAGAGCUAUCCGGGCGUCGGUUUCAUUCCCUUUCUGUUUUUGUCUACAAGGAGUGUGCCGAAAUUUCUUAUUUUGACUUCGAUUUAAAGAAUACAGUUUACGAGCUUCAUAAGUAUUGGUCGUCAAUGGCCGCCAUCAUGGCUGCACUUUUCUCGUAGGCCGAAUGACUAAAGUUCUUGCUCUGGAUGUACUAUUUACAACAUGAGCGGCCGUGUUGUAUCGGAUAUACAAACUCGAGCCGAAGACUAAUCUUAUGAGUUCAUUGGCGAAGUAAUUUUAAAAAUAAACAUUGUCUAAGCCGAGAAAAUCAAAGUUAAAGUUUAUGUAAAUCAACAUGAAUCUGUAUCACAUAUACAACACGCUUACGAUUUUUCUUUGUGUUUUCUUCAUGAAUUAUUAAUGAGUUUUUAAAAUAUAUAUAGAGCUCGCUGGUCCAAUCAACGUAAACAUUCUAGUGAACUCUAUGUCUUCUAUCAUCAGUCUACCAAUGCUUUUAUGGUUGAAAAAAUAUAGCUUUGUUACAAUAUUAUUCAACUUUAAGAAAGGGGGGGGGGUGCCCCUCUAUCCUAGUGUCCCUAUAACCACUACUAACGCCUGUAUUCUAAAACCUCACUCACACUCACAGAGUGGAGGUUCAAUUUGAGCUUCCCUUGAUUGUCAUUGCUGUUUUUGAAUAGCUGGAGGGUUAGUCUCGUACCUUACUAUGUGACUACUCACUCUCCAGCUGUUCAAAAACAGUACUGACACUCAAGGGCAGCUCAGAUUAGGCGUAAGUGUAAUAUUAAUACAUUUAUAAUUUCAUGAUGCAGGUCGCACAACUGCAGACCAUCCAGUCACUGAAAGAGCAAGUGGAGCAAGCACAAAAACUCGCAGACAUGUACCGGGAACAAUGUAUAGGACUGGAAGACGAGUUAGGACGAAUAAAGGAAGAAACCGAUGUAGGACUGGAAUUAUUUAAAGAGAGAAAUGAUAAAGUUAGCAAGAGAUUAGCAUUAAUGAAUCAAAGAUACGCUGCCUUGGAAAAGAGGCGAGCAUUGGAGGUUGAGGGUUUUAAGAAUGAUAUCAAGAUGUUGAGAAAUAAACUGAAGAAUGUGGAGAAACAUUUGUUUAAGGUAAGGUAUUGCUACUUGGUAAGAGUGAGCACGGGUGACGGAGUUAGCAACACAAUCGAUCUUCUCCAACUCUCUAAGCGGUGUUUCGGAACUGGAAACAAUCGUUAUGGUACCACUAACCCCAAACAGAUUUUGGGUCAAAAUAUCUUUAUAGUAAAAAAACUUUUCUUGAUCAAUUUUUUCACUGUCAAAGUUUGCAGAUAUGAUGUCAUUAGGUGAAUUUUAGCAGCAAAAAAACAAAGGAAAACUAAUUUACAAUUCAUCUCAUGACAUAUCUGGCAACUAUGACAGUGAAAAAGUUGAUCAAGAUGAGGUAUUGUACUAUAAAGAUAUAUUACAUUUCUUCUUAGAAUGACGCAAAUAUUACCUAUACCAAUAACCAUAUCUUGGGGUUAGUGGUAGUAACUCCAGUCACCGAAUACGUCAUGCAACCACUGUGCCAGCAUUCCCUCAUAUUUUUCUAAUUUCUUAGGUAACUGUCGAUGUUCCAAUAGACGGUGACGUCGACCAAGAAGUAUUACGUAAUGUACAUGCUACCGCUGCAAGAUCGAAAUAUUUGGUCGGUGAACUUCAUCAUCUCAAAGCUAAAAUUUACUCAUUGGAAAAUGACUUAAGACAUUGCGGAUAAAUGAUUUUGUAAACUUUAGAAUAGGUGUUGUUUUUGUAAAUAUAUUUUUGUAAAAUAAAGGUAGACAGACAUUGCUACGGUCACCUCCAUCUGUGCUUUUCAAACUUGAAAGACAAAGUUGAAGACCUUCAUUUGUUUAAUUGAAAAAUUAAAGAGACUUACCAGUAAGGUGAAGUUUGAUGGAGAUUCUACGAAGUCAUUGGUCUGGAGCUAAGGAGUCAGGUGCCCACCCAUAGUUAGGCAUUAGUUCUAGCUUCCCAUCCCAUGAUUAGAUAUGAUCUCACUUAGUGUCUUUGAAGAAUGAACCUCGUGGAUCACGCGCGCUCGAACCUCGUGGAUCGCGCGCGCUCUCACGCGACUCCUUAGCGAAAGAGACCAAUGAUAAAGUAGAAUUCACCUUACUUUUACAACUCUUACUUUUCAAGUCCAGUCACCCAUCAUUUCUUUACAUUUGACUUGCGUUGUGGUAACAAGUCAUUUCUUGCAAGUCCAAGUUCAGAUCACAUUCCUAGCCUGCGAACAGGCUAAUCACAUUCCUCGAGUCUACAACUCUGCCCCCACCCCCCUCCCUCCUCCGCUAGAUAAUGCGUUUAGGAAUCUGUAAAUUACAAUAUUAAAGUGCACCUAACCACAAUUAUUUUCACAUCUCAUUCCUAAGAACCUUUGAAAUGAUAUUUUGUCUCGGAGUUAUUUCAGUUUUAUUGAUAUGCAAAUGUCCGGAAUUUACGUCACAUUAUGAAUAAUGACUGACCAAAGAAUGUAAGGUACAGUUAAAUAUCAUGAAAUAAAAAAGCUAAAUGGUAUUUUACAUAGGUAUGUAAUCCUCCCACAACUCCAAACUUCAUUUUAAUGAAUUAAACUCGAUAGUGAAUAUACGAUAUACAAGCUUUUACUUUAAAUCAUGAAUUAUGCAUUUGUGACGUGCAUACCAAACAAACUGAAAUAUCUCAGAAAGAAAGUGAGCAAAC